CUUCCCCCCCCUUUUUUUUUUGUUGUUGUUGCAAACAUGCAGAUCCCGAGCAGCAUCCCCGCGGCAGCUUUCCGAUACGCGCUGCGUCCUCCGGCCCCCGCGCCCUCCUGCAAGCCCCCCGCCCGGGCUCCCGCCGCCGCUCCCGGCAAGUCGUUCACCAUCGACGCGCUGCUCGCCAAGACCGACGACGACCGCGUCUCGGAGCGGCCGAGCCGGCCCCCUCCGCUGGGCGCCGCCCUGGCUUACUACGCGCCGGCCCCGUGCGGGGUGCUGCCCGCCGGCUACUUCUGCUGCGCGCCCGUCGCCUGCCGGGGGGGCUUCUACGCGCAAGCGGCGGCUGCGGCGAUGCCGGAGGUGCACGCGUUCAAAUCCAAGGGCGGCAGGUCCAAGCGCAUGCGCACCAGCUUCACCAGCGAGCAGCUGGCGAGCCUGGAGAAGGAGUUCGCCCGGCAGCACUACAUGGUCGGCGCCGAGAGGUUCCUGCUGGCCUCCAGCCUGCACCUCACCGAAGCGCAGGUGAAAGUUUGGUUCCAGAACCGACGCAUCAAGUGGCGCAAGCAGAGUCUGGAGCAGCAGCAGGCCAAGCUGGCCAAGCUGGGCCUGGCCCCCGGCAGCCCGCCCCCCACCGGGGACCGCCGAGACCACCAAGAAGAAGAACUGGCAGACGUGGACGCGGACUCGGACCCAGUCCGGGCCUGCCGAUAAGGCCUCCCUGUACAUAUCCGCCACGGAUGGUGACGGACUAUUCAUAUUUAA